CGUCAAGCUGAAGUCCAAGUGAAGUCCACCUGAAUUCACCAGUCUUAUAAUGGAACUUCCAGAAGUCAAAUAUACUCAGCUUUUCAUCAACAAUGAAUUUGUAAAUUCCAUCAGUGGGAAAGUGUUUCCGACUGUAAAUCCAAGUACAGGAGAAAAGAUAUGUGAUGUACAGGAAGCAGAUAAGGCCGAUGUAAAUGUUGCAGUCAAAGCUGCCAAGGAUGCAUUUCAACUUGGUUCUCCAUGGCGUACUAUGGAUGCAUCAGCUAGAGGAAAAUUAUUGUAUAAAUUAGCUGACUUGGUUGAAAGAGAUGUUGAUUAUAUUGCAAGGUUGGAGACUUUGGACAAUGGCAAACCAUAUGAUUCUGCACAUGGUGAUAUAGAGGGUGCAAUUAAAUUAUUGCGAUACAAUGCUGGAUAUGCUGAUAAAAUCCAUGGGAAAACAAUUCCAAUCGAUGGUCCUUUCUUUUGUUACACUCGCCAUGAACCCGUAGGUGUAUGUGGUUUGAUUGUGCCAUGGAAUUUCCCUUUCAUUUUGACAAUUUUGAAGAUUGCACCAGCAAUCGCAUGUGGGUGUACUUGUGUAGUGAAAUCAGCUGAGCAGACUCCACUAACAGCAAUAUAUUGCUCUGCUUUUUCCACACAGGCUGGAUUUCCACCUGGUGUUGUCAAUAUUUUAGCAGGUUAUGGUCCCACGGCGGGCGCUGCAAUCUCUGAACAUAUGGAUAUUGAUAAAGUGUCCUUCACUGGAUCCACUGAGGUUGGAAGAAUCAUCCAGACAGCAGCUGCCAAAUCUAAUUUGAAGCGAGUAACUUUGGAACUGGGAGGAAAAAGUCCAAACAUAGUCCUCUCAGAUGUUGACAUGGACUUUGCAGUGGAAGAAUCUCACAAAGCAUUGUUUGGUAACAUGGGCCAAGUGUGUUGUGCUGGAUCACGUACAUUUGUACAGGAAGAUAUUUAUCCAGAAUUUGUCAAGAAAAGUGUAGAACGUGCCAAAAAACGUGUCAUUGGUAAUCCAUUUGAUACUACUACAGAGUCUGGACCACAGAUUGAUAAUGAGCAGUUUGACAAGAUAUUUGAACUAAUAGAAAGUGGGAAAAAAGAAGGUGCAAAACUUGAAUGCGGAGGAGGUCGUCAUGGUGAUAAAGGAUACUUUGUUGAGAGCACUGUAUUCUCAGAUGUGAACGAUGAUAUGAGGAUUGCCAAAGAAGAGAUAUUUGGUCCAGUUCAGCAAAUUAUGAAAUUUAAGACCAUUGAAGAAGUGAUUGAACGAGCUAACAAUACAUCAUAUGGACUUGCUGCUGGUGUAUUUACUAAGGAUAUUGAUAAAGCAUUGACCAUUUCCAAUGCACUGCAAGCCGGGUCUGUGUGGAUCAACUGCUGGGGUGCUAUUAAAGCCAAUACUCCAUUUGGUGGAUACAAGAUGUCUGGAAAUGGAAGAGAAUUUUGUGAUUAUGGUUUGGAAGAAUUUACUGAAAUAAAAACUGUGACGGUAAAGUUGCCAUACAAGAAUUCCUAG